AUGGAUCUCCACAACUCCCUUUCUUUACAUGAUCCCAAAAUUGUCACACUAGACACGCCCAUCCGAAACCCUAAACUCUUGACAAAGCCUACAGGUGGUCUUUAUCUGCCUUUCAUCCCUUUGAAUCCAAACGACAACUCCUUAACUGAAGCACCACAUAACAUAGCGGAGAAAGUGAUUCGUGAAAGGCUGGCAGUUAAGGAAACUCCAGACUUGUGGUGCUACCUGGGAGAUGUUCUACAGGAUGAACAAUAUUAUAACAAAGCAUGGGAAUUGUCUAAUCACAGAAGUGGCAGAUCACAGAAGUUGCUUGGGUUCUUGUACCUGAGGACAGGGAAAUACAAAGAGUGCAUUGAAUGCUUUGAGAAAUCUUUGAGCAUAAAUUAUCUGCAGAUCCCAGUGUGGUACUCCUGUGGCUGUGCUUGUUUAUUGGUGCAAGAUUUCAAGAAAGCUGCCAAUGCAUUCAGGAAUUGUGUUACACUGGAAAGUGAUAAUUUUGAAGCUUGGAAUAACCUUUCACUUGCAUACAUUCGAUCAGGUCAAAAAGAAAGAGCAUUCAGGACACUCCAAGAAGCAGUAAAAUGUGACUAUAAUAACUGGAGGAUAUGGGAGAACAUAUUAAUAACAGCUGCAGAUGUUGGUGAAUUCACAGAUCUUAUAAGAGCAUACCACAGACUUCUGGAUAUCAGAGAUAAACAUGAAGAUCCCUUGGUUUUAGAGAUUUUAGUGAAAGCCAUCAACGAGGACCUUUCAGAUGCCCAAGACAAGCCAGCCUCCAAACUAAGACCCAAGGCCCUGGAACUGUUUGGAAGGAUUACUUCCAAGGUGACAAACAGUGCCUCCAUCUGGUACUCCUACAGUGAACUAGUUAAAGGACAGGAGAACUUGUCUCUCGAAGAUGAGGAAAAAGCUCUACAACACCUCCAGAAGUCUCACAGGUGUCUGACACUGGUGGCAAACUGGGAGAAAGAGGUCUCCAAGUGUGAGAAAAUCUGCAAGAGGUCAAUUCAGUUAGCAGAAGCAUACACAAGUUACUGUGAGAAGUGUGGGAAUACAGCCACAGCCAUACAGACAGCCUCUGGCUGCAAGCUGAUGCUCAGAGGAGUUCUCUCAAAAAUUAAGCAAAAGCAGUCAACAUCUGCUGAGAGUGUGGUGCCUGAACUUCAAGAAGACUACAACAAAUUGGAGGAACACUUGCAGGAGACAGAACAGUUGCUAACAAGAUUAAAAUCCUCAUCUUGACUUUCUGGAAUUUCAAACUUUUCGUUCGUUUAAAGCCAUUUCUGAUCUAGAUACUGGAGAACAACCCUACACCAAAAGCAGGAAGAUGACUUUCACUAGUCUCUUUGUGUGGUGCAAUC